AAAAUAAAAACUAGUUCAGCAUAAAUAAGAAGAUCAUCAACCAUAAAAACAACUCCAUCGGCAGAAAUUAAACGAAAAAACCUUAGCGUAAAACAACAAUUCCGCUACCAUUAAACGAACCGACGACAUUCUUCCAUAGUUCCGUGUACUGCGAACUUGCCCUACUAUGACUCUAUGAGUCUAUGAUACGUAGUAGUUUCAUAGUUACGAGUAUUUUUAAACCAGGAGGAAUGGAGAAGUGAGAGUUCCAAUAGAAACAUGUUCUAGUUAAUGCAGAAUAUGAAGAAGUUGAAGGGGCCCUUAAGGAAGCUUCAUAGUGCAAAAUAUAAUAGGAUACAUAUGCAGAUGGAAGAAGCCAGAGAGAAAUUGACAAAGUUCCAGCAAGAGCUACAACACACCCAAAUGACUAAGGAGCUGUGUGAAGAGGAAAAGGAAUUAAGGGAUAAAUUAUAUAAGGUACUCAGAGCUUCAUAUAGCAUGAAGUGUCAAAGUAAACAGGAAUCGAUCACUGAAGGAGAUAAAGGCUCUAAACUGUUUUAUGCAUGGAUCAAGAAAAGAACUGCUCUAAAUUAUAUAGUGGAGAUCCAGAAUGAGGAGGGAGUUAUGGUAGAAGGAACAGAUGACAUUGCAAAUAUUUUUGUGAAAUAUUACACCCAGAUUCUGGGAACAAAGAAUCAAACAAAUGGGAUUGAUGCUAGAAUAGCUAAGGCUGGAGGAACACUAACUUUGGAGCAACAAAUGAAACUGAUCAGACCCUUUAGUGUGCAACAAGUUAAGGAAGCUGUUUUCUCAAUUCCUAAGUAUAAAAGCCCAGAGCCUGAUGGAUAUGGGAGUGAGUUUUUUCAAGGAAGAUGGAAAGAGGUAGGGGAGCUAACAACCAAAGCAAUUCUGGAUUUCUUUAGGCAAUGCGGGAGGGCGGUUGGGGGGUGCAGUUUCACGGCCACGAGACAACGCUCAGACUUGGAUCUUGAACCCUAGCAACCGGCCAACUCUCCGAUAGAGCUAAGGAAGGGCAACCGCGAUGUUAAAGAGGAGCAGCGGCCGACUUUGGUUUCUAGAAGCGAUGCAGCGAGCUAGACGGAGUACAACGAAUUCCUUUGGCAAUUGAACGGCAAAUUCAGCACCAAAUCAAAUCAAUUCUAGUUUCCAGUGGUUAGUUUUUGACAUAAGCUUCAAAUCCAUGUUGUUCUUCAACAAUUCCAUUGUAGUUUAGGCUCGAUUUUAUUUAUACUGUUGAUUUCAGUAUCAUUGUGUGCAUCGUUACUGUUUGGACAUAUUUAAAUUAAGUUAUGACUUAGUU